AUGCCUCGCCGCCCAGGUCCACAGAUUAAGCGCGCCAGCGACAAGGAGAAUAAGGAUGGCGCUGGCACGCGCAGUGAUACGGUAAAGGUAGCAGUCACCCCACCAGCGCCGACGAAUGAGCAAUGGUCCACCAACAAGCAAGGAGGUAACGUGCUGCAGUGGCUGGCGCAGAAGACCGACGCGACCGCGCCGGCACCCACAUCGCGCGGCGCCGUGGAGUACCUAAACCAGGCCAAGAAGCCAAAGAGCUACGCCGCAGCGGCAGCCCUGAGCGGCGCCAAGGCGAAGCCGAGCGCAACCGCGGAGAAGCCAGCAGAGAAGGCUGUAGACCAGCUGGCCGCCAAGGUACCUCGGAGCGCACCAGCCAAAGAGCCUGUGAAGACUGGCAAGAGGGAUGCUGCGAAGGCCGCCUCGAAGGAGCUGACCAAGGUGGUGCUCAAGGACACAGUGAAGGCGGUUCCAUCCAAGGUGACGCCGAAGGAGGCUCCUAAGUCCGAAGCGCAGCCCCCAGCAGAAGCAGCAGCCGAGUUCAGUGCAGUCCCAAAGCCGCGCUCAAAGGCUGCUCCCGAAGCACUGCCAGAGCCGAAGGAGUCGGAUGGCACUGCUGGCAAUCUUGCUCAGCUCGCUCCUGCGAAGGCAAUGGGUGCGCUGACGGGCGCCACAAAGGCUACUGACGAGCUGGUGAAGACCGCCGAGUUACCGACCUCGGCAACAACGCAUCUGCUCUCCAAGCCAGCCCCGAGGUCCUCUGCAUCGACUCUGGCAAACAAUGUCCGGCCGGAAGUUCCGCCUCCACGGCGGGUGCGCGGCCGCCGUCGUGACGAUGACCGCGCCGUGCGCGCGCAGCAGCGCAUUGAGCAGGAGCAGGAGAGUGCGCAGCGCCGCCACGACGAAGCUAUGCGCACAGAUGCCGAAUACAAGCAGCGCUUCGAGACGAUGCAGGAGAUGCAGACGGCCAUGCAGGUAUCGCAGGCGGAGUUCUUUGACAAGUACCGGCGCCAGGAGACGCUCCUGCUGAACCACGUCGUGACGGAGCGGCUUGACAUGCCGGUCAUCCUCGAACUUAUCGAACAGCACGACGUUGUCUUUGUUUGCACCGACACCGGAAGUGGCAAGAGCACCGGCGUCCCGAAGGCGCUGCUCGAGCUGUCGUCGGACACGAAGGUGGUCAGCACCCAGCCCCGCCGCACUGCGACGGUGGCGAUUUCAAACCGCGUGGCGAGUCUUCGCCGCGAGCGCGUCGGCGAGGACGUCGGCUACUGGAUCCGCGGUGAUAAGAAGGGAGAUGAGCAGACGCGCUUGUGGUACAUGACGAGCUACACGCUGUUGCUGCGUAUUCUCGAAAACCCGGCGGAGCUGCCGUUCACGCACAUUGUGCUCGAUGAGUUUCACGAGCGGCAGCCAGACCUCGAGGUGACAGUGGCGCUGCUACGAUUGGCGCUGCUCAACAAGACAUCACACUUCAAGCUGGUGCUCAUGAGCGCCACCCUCAACACGGAGGACUGGGAGGAGUACUUCUCUGGCCUCCGCGUUGCCACUUACAAGCAAAGCGAGCCAGAGCACCCCAUCCACGACUACUUCCUGGAGGAAACCUGCACCCUCCUCGGCACGGACUACCACGCCCCGCCGCAGCUGGUGUCGCGCGGUGUUGUGGACAAGGGCACGAUGGAGAAGCACUUCUACCUGGCCCAAAACUUGAUCUUUUUCCUCAACAGCUGCUCGAACCCGGUGCACUCAAUCCUCGUGUUUCUGCCAGGGAGGGCACAGGUAGAGACGAUGAGCAUGUGGCUACGCACGCAACUAUCUCACCGGGUCGACGCGGUGCCAUGGCACAGCGCGGUGAACCUGAGCGAGAUCGAGGCGGCAAUGAGGCGUCACAUACCGGGGCGACAGAAGGUAUACCUCGCCACCGACAUCGCCGAGGUAUCCAUCACGCUGCCAGAUGUGGUGUACGUCAUCGACCUGGUGCUGGUGAAGCGGCCAAAGAUUUCGAAGGAGUCGCCGUCCUCCAUUCAGUACCCGCCUCUCGUGACGCAGUGGAUCUCGCGUGGCAGCGUGGCGCAGCGUCGGGGCCGCAUCGGCCGCGUGCAGCAGGGCUUUUACUUCUGCCUCUUCCCCGCUGUUCAAAUAACUGACCUGCCAACCUACUCCCAGCCACCGAUUGAAAACUCCCGCAUCGACGAGCUUUCAUUGCACUGCCUGCAGGUGGUAAGCAACCCGGUGGCCAUCUUCAGCCUGUGUCACGGCCAGCCCCUCGUGGGGGUGAUUGAGUCAUCCAUGAACAUGCUCACGCAGCUCGGCUGCAUUCUCGACGCGAAGGACCCGCUCUCCGCCGGCGAGCGCAUUGAUGAGAUCUACAACCGCCAGAACGAGUCGUGGAGCCGCAUGAUCAUGGCAGCGGCACAGGCGGAGGUGAUGACGGACAUUCCCGAGUACCACUGCACGUUUAUCGGCCGCAUUCUGCAGCUCAUUCCAGUCUCCCCGCAGCCUGGCAUGCUUGUCUUCUUCGGCUUCCUCACAGGACUCGAGUCUCUCAUGAUCCUCGCCGCAGCCGUCACAAGCAGCCUCUCGCCGUUCAGCAUCAACGCCAAUGAAGGCCGGCAGCGCCACUUUAACGUCGCGCGUGCAAUGGAGGAAACGGAGAACGCCAUGCGUGAGUUCUGCUGCGGGCUGCGUAGCGAUAUUGUAGCGGUGAUGAAGGCGGCGCUCCUCUUCCGCAUUGAGCAGCAGCGGCACGGCGAUAGUAUGGAGACGGUGCGCCAAUGGUGCCUUCAGAAGUACCUCAGCUACGACAAGCUCAUGGCUAUUGUCGACCUGGAGAACCACAUCAAGUACGAGCUGGCAGAGUUCAUGCCAUUCCGCAGCAUCGUUGAGGCGGAGAAGCUGCUGGAGCAGCUGGACAAACUCGCCUCAAUGGUGGCUGUCAUGACGAACGUCGCCUUCGUCGCGCAGUCGCUGGAGGUGACAAGCGAGAACAACUCCUACACGAACUCGAAGGAGAUGGCGCUUGGCAUCUUCAGCGAUCUCACCGCCGUGCCCGACAUUCAUUCACCGAGCUGUCUGCGGUGGCAGGAGGGCGACGUCAUUAUCCCAGUGCAGUUGAGCCUUAUCUUCGACAAGCUGCUGGCAAGUUUCUCAACGGCCAUCGCGUCACCGAAACAGUUCUGGAUGUCGCUGCUGCUCUUCUCGCAGAGAGUGCACUACGCCACGUUCAGCGACGAUGAGGGCACCUUUCACGUCUUUGCGCUCUCGUACGGUGGCAAGGAGCGCUACGUGGAGGUGGACGAGAUCACCGGCUACGUUGUGCUUGAGUUCCGCCGCAAACUGUCGGCCAUCUGCGGAGUGCUGCGCCUGACCCACGCCAACCGACUCCUCUAUGAGGACCAUAUCAAUACGCUGCUCAGCAGCUAUUCCCUGGCACCGUUGCAGGAUCUGCAGCGCGAGGUGAUAACGGCCCUUGUCUCCAUCUUCAACAACUUGGAAGACAUGACCGCCGACGAGGUGGAGCACGACGAGGACGACCUAGAUUUGGUGUCGCUGCUGUCCUUUGUGCUGCCGACGCGCACGACGUGA